AUGUCGGACCCGUUUUUAUCGUUGGAGACGAAUCUUGAUGAUAUUUCAAGUGAGUCAAUAUAUUUUUUUGGUUCUAAUGGUCUCUUGAGAAAACAUAUUGGUUUAGAAUAGUAGAGAGGUCGCGGCAAACAGUUUUUUUUUUGAUUUGACAAACAAACCUGGCCAAAAAAAACAUUUGUUGUUGAACGGCCUAGUGCAACGCUGGUGUAUUGAAAAUGAUCUUUUUUUUGAAUUUUUGUUAUCGAAAUUGCAACUAUUUUAGAAUGAAAACUCGUUUGAAAGAUUUUUAAAAGAAGAAAAAAUGGGCGUACUAAUUCAAAAAAGACAAGCCGUUUUUUUAAUGUUCUUUCGAGUUUAUCUACGUCUUUUAAUGUCUCACAAAUGUAUUUUAACAGCUUAUUCACAACUUUCAACAAAAAUCAGAAAUUUUUGAAUUUUUCAGCGGUUUUGGGCGGCGAUGUCAUGGAUUACGAUAUGGACACGUCGGCCAAUUGGUCAUCGGCCCAGUCGACCAGUAGUUCUCAGGUAUUCCAAUCAUUUUCUAAUGAAUCUCGGUUUCCAGAAUCAAUCAAAAUCUACUAAAUCCUUCAAAAAAAGUGAAGAAUACCUUUUUUUCCACCAAAAUUUUAUCUAGUUUUUCAGAACCUGAAAAUUUUUCACUACAAUAACUCUCAAAGGAAACCAGCUGCCUUUCAAUUAACCAAAAAAAUUAAACAACCUCCCCUUCUGAAGGCACCAAAAACCGGCGAAAAACACGGAAAACACCAUUUUUUUCAUUCUGAAAAUAGGGAAUAACAUGGAAAAAGCCGCAUUGUUGAUUUGGCGUUGAUGAGAUUUUUUUGAGAAGAUUAAAAAAACUUUUUAAAUUUUUUUGGGUUUAUUUCUUUUCUGGAUAUACACGCGUUCAAAUAAAAAAAUUUUUGUCGGCUAGUAAUUUUUAGACCUCUUUUUUUGAAAAAUGUUAAAAAUUUAGUUUUUAUGAGGAUAUGUUUCAUCCAUUUUUAGUUUCAUCUUUCUAAGUAUACCUUCGAAAAUCUGAAAAUUGAAAGCUAUGGCAAUCCUCGAAGGGAAGGUUAAUUUUUCUUUACGGUUGGGAGUUUUUCUAAAAAGUCAGCCAGGAUAUUUUUUUGAUGUGUAUAUGAAAAUUCAAAAAAUCGACAUGCUUUUUGUUUUUUGUACACUUCAAAGUCUAAGAGAAUUUCCGAAAAACGAAAAAGGACAUUUAGAGUUUUUGAGCCUUUAUUUUUGAAAAUUGCACAGCUCUGCAAGAUUAGACUUUCCAGACCCUCAUUCACUACAAAAAAAUUUCUAAGAAUGAAAAAUUACACAUUUUAAUAUGAAUCGACAUUUUUUUAAUGGCCUGGCAGAGAAGUUCAAGGAACCCUGUGACUUAUGAAACUUUUUUUCAAAAAUAUUUUAUAAGAAUGAUGUAUCAACUUUUCUUAAAAAAACAAUAUUAAAAAAACAAUAUUAAAUAUAUUAUACCUCAAUUAUCACCAAAAAUAAACCUUCCAAGACACCACGAUCGCCUAGAAUCCUGAAAAUACCCUAACCAAUAUUUACGAGACACGGCUCUCCGCGCCAAAGCCCUUUCUUUCCUCUAUCUCACUCGGUUCAUUUUGUUUUCCCCUACCCCCCUCUGGCUUGUUGUGUUGCCUUGUUCUCUAUGACGUCCUCGCGGCGGUUGUUUUGGCUCUUUACGCGCGUGCAGCGCGUUUUUUGCGCGCUGCACGCGAAAACGUGAAAAUGACGUGUGGGAGGCGUGUCUCCAACGAAAUAGUAAAUAAAAUAAUAAUAAAUACAAAUCUUUUUCUUACAGCCUUCCUACGCGACCCAAGGACACCACGUGCGACGUCCGAAUCAACACAGUCCGCCUCAAGAAUUUUAUGACCCCAAUAGGUCCUCAUAUUUAUUUGAAUUUGAACUUUUAACGGAAACUUGGGUGCUUGGAAUUCCUAUUGAAAAGCUGAAUUGAGGAAAGAUUAGUUCGGUUGAGGUCGAAACAAGAUCAGAUUCAAAGAUUUUAAGGGUUUUUGAAGUUCCAAAUUCAAUAUAAAGACUUUUCUGAAGUACUAAAUUUCAUUAGGAAAUUGUGACUUGCCGAUUUUUCAGUUUUUCUAAUAAAAAGAAAGUCGUUUUCCAGAAAGUUCCAAUGGAAAGAUGGGGAUUAUCAGAAACUCCUUUUUGAUAGUUUUUCACAUAUUUUUCAAUCAACUUGGGACUUUUUGAGUAAGUAGAAGUUCAGAAAUUCCUCAAAAUAUCUAAAUUUUUUUCAAAACGCGAAAUUUUAAAUUUAAAAAGUUAAAUGUUAUGCUGAACUUGCUCGGUAAAUUUUUUUAUACAAAAAAAUCUGAAAGUCUCUCUUACAAACUCCAAAUUAUUCCUCGACAUCCUUCCCAUUUCACGAAAAAAAAAAAUAGAAUACUUGAGUCUGAAACUCCUGGAAGCCUCUUACUUUUGAAAAUCUCAACUUCUAGUCACUCAGAAGCAUUUUAGACGCUUCAGUUUCGUUUAGAAGACGAAUUUUGUCAUUUUUAGACAUCAGAAAAUUCUUAGAGACGCCUUUGCUUCGCAGAAGCCUCAACACAAGCUUCUCGAUCUUACGAUCUUUAAGGAAUCAGAUAUCUCAAGUUCUAGCAACUGAGAAGCUUCUCAAGAUACUCCUACUCCUAGAUGAACCUUUAAAAAUACUUCCUUGUCCUCCGCGAUCUUCAAAAAUGCGAAAAAUAUAAACAUUUUCUCAGUCUCUCAGAAGAAGCCCCACAAUAAAACUCCCUCUCCUCCUAGUGAUCUUUAAAGUUCCAAAGGUUCUUAGGAAGCCACGCCCAUCCGUUUUUGAAUGUAUGAAUUGUUUUGAGGGUGGUUGGUUUGUGUGAGGCUUUUUAAGGUAAUUCCCGUUACGAGCAAUUCUUUUUACUCGCUCUCUUUUUUUGCCAAGGCAUCAGAAACCAGAACGUAAACAGGCCUUUUGGCACCGCCCCAAUGUAUUUUUUUGUAUGUUUGUAUUUAUUUAUGUUAAUUCCCAUUCUCGCACUUGGAAACUCAGUCAAAGCGUUCAUUUGCUUAGCUAGGUGUGGUUUCCACUUUAUAAGGAGAAUUCUAGCUUGAAUUUCUGCUAGGGUACCGUAUGCCUUUUUAGAUUUGUUUUAAAAAAAAUUAAUUUUCGAUUUAAUAAGUUUCCUGUACGGUUCAUACGAAUAAAACGAAAAUCUCUAUCAAUUAGGGCUAUUUUUCGUGUAGAAACCCUUGUUUUAAGGUUAGGAAUAGUUUCUGAGCCUCUAAGCUCCGCCCAUUCUUCCCACAGCUUUUAUUCAGGUGGACAAGAAUUAAGAGCCAGUUUUUGUGUUUCCUCCAGUUUUUAGAGGUUUUUCAGUAAUUUAGGAGCUUUUAAGCAUUAGAAAUCAUGAAGAACUAACUUGAGAGUAUAUUAAACUUGUAAGCAGACUUUUCCAAGCAUUGACUUAGUUUUUGAGUUAGAAAAAGUAUGAUUUUCUUUAAUUUACGUCGAAAUUGAGAUAAAUCUCUUAAAUUAUAGGUAUCUCCUUAUUAGAAGACGUUUCUAGAAGACGUUAGGGAUUAAGUUGUUUUAAAGCAUCAUAAAUCAAAAAAAAGUGACGUGGGGGUUUAUUUUCCUCGUAAAUAGGACUUUUUGAGAUGGAAAUCUCGUUUGAAGUAAAAGGAAUAACAAAAAUAUCUUGUUUUUCUGGGACUUAUCAUUUUUCAAAGCUUAAUCAAAAUUUUCCAAGCUUUUGAGAAUUCAUAGAAGCUUCUGAGGAAAGAGAGCAAGAGUUUUCUAAAAAAAUUUCUGAAAUCCUUUAUUUUUUGAGAAUUUGUCUCGAACUAUUUGAAUUUUGAGGCGUUUCCCAAGAGUUCAUCAUUUUCAGCUUGAUUCAAAAUUUCAAAGCUUCUCAGCUUUUCCAAGAUUUUCAGAAAGGCUUAUCAUAUCUUAUAUGCCUAGAAGAAUCUGGAAAUGUGCUUGUUUUUUUGUUUUUCCUUCUAAAAGUGAAUAAUUAUAGAAUCCCCUCAUUUUCUAGCCAUGCCUCGAUCUAUGAGAACUAGUUGAAAAAAAGGCGCAAAAUUGGAAAACAUGUUGUCCCGCUACACGCCCAUUUCUAUGUUGAUUUUCAUCUUAGCCUUCUUAUUUUUCGUCUUUUUUCGAAGAAAACCAAGGAAAUCCAUUGGAAAUUCGAGAAUUUAAUUUAUUAUUAUUUUUCAGACCCCCAGAAGUUGGUUCCAUGAUGUCGUUGUUAUACAAUGGACCCGUUGAUGAUCCCUAUGCUUCAAUGAAGUUGGUUUUUUUUUUUGAUUUAUAAUUAGAUAGUUUUAAUUAAGAAUUGGUUCGCGAAAUCAAAAGAUCCUAAUUUUCGAAUGAAUCUUCAAUUCAGGAAAAAGUUUUAAAACACCAAAAAUCAAGGCAAACACGGCCGCAUUUGUUGUUUUUUACAAAUAUUCACGUUGUUUUCGCAUUUUUUCUUAUUUUAUCUUUUUUCUGUCUGUCAGAGAAUGGAUUUUAUCUCCUCUAAUGAGAUUUAUUCUCGAGAUGAAGGAAAAUUUUGGUCUUUUGAAAGCUUUUCCAAAGUGAAAUUUUCUCGAUUCUCAAUAGAGACUCCAAAAUAUCAAUCAAAAGUGAGAUUUUUCAGAUUUUCACCACCCAAUUUGGACAUUCCGUCCCCCACUACAAUGCAUAACCUCACCGGACCGGCUGGAAUGCUUUCGCAGCUUGGGCCGGCCCAAAUGGCCCAAGCAAACGGCUAUCCGGCUGAUGGCUAUCGGCCCAUGGCGGUGAGUUUGGAAACCGAAGUGUCUAGGGAAAUCUAAAUAUUUUCAAAGAAAGGAAUUUUAAAAAAGGACCUUGCCGAGAAAAUUGGAUCAAGAAGCCUUUUCGAAAAUAUAGUAUCCUUUAAACAAGUUCUGCCUUGAAAGCUGAGAUAUGUUUUUCAAAUUUGGAAAAUAUUUGCUCCUGAAGGUCAUUGGUAACAAAAUAUUAGUCCGAAACUUGGUCUCUGAAAAAUUUGUAACGAGUUCUGACUUUUCAGAAUUAACGUAUUGAAAAAUAAAAAGUUACUGAUUUCUUAACAUUGGUUUUUUUCAAAGUUUGAAUUCGCGAAAACCCGAAAAACUGUAGAAAAUUGAACCGUUUUCUCCUGAAAAAAAUUCUUCUAAAACUGUAGUUUUUUUUCGCUGACUACGCACUACUGUCUUUUUCGUGAUAAGAACAGUUGUAAAACUGCCAGAAAACUGCCAGUUUUUUCUGUUAUCAGCCUUUUUUGUCUGACAUUUGGACGGUUGUAAAAAGUUUAUCUGUACACGUGUAGGUUGGGAAAGCUAGAAAAAAAAGAGAGAAAGUCUAGGGGUUUUUCGGAAUACAAUUUUGAAGAAGAAACAGAUGAAAAUGGGCUAUAGGAAAGUGGAUUUUUGAAAAGAUCGAAUUUGAUAAUAGGAAAUAGGAAUAAACUCCGGAAAAGGUAGGAAAGGUUUUUGAAAAGUCUAAUUUUAACACUUUUUUAGUUGAAAAUUGAACAUAAUAAGCUGUACGGUUUUUUUUAAAGUUUUGCAUAAGUUUUUAAGGCUUCACCUCAUUUUACACUGGAAUUUUUAUAUUUUCUGGCAAUUUCUGCGAUUUUCAUUUAUCUUAUCGCUUUUCUAGGACUUACGGCCCGAAGAUUGCGAACAAAGCGAUAUUUUCAGACACUUCUUCAUAAGCAUGCUCUUUUCAAAGACGAUUUGUCUUAUCUUAUCAGAGAGAUUAGACUAUGAAGAGAAAAAGUUGACACGUGUGUGAAAAAAUCUGGGGUCCAUGGUUGGCUCUAGUUUCAAGGAUGAGAAUGAAAUAAAGCCAUUCGGAAAAGGCAAAUUUUGUGGAAAUCUACAGUGAACUUAUCGAAAACGCGAUCAUUUUCCAGGGCCCGCAGCAAAUGAUAAGCGGAGCUCAGCCAGUAAUGUCGCCGCCAGCGCUGUACGUCCUCACACAGCCCCAUGAAAUGGAGCAAAAUGGGAUGGAACGAAAGGUGCGCUCUUGUGAAGCCGCCCCAUCGAGAAAAAUAUUGAGAAUUUUUCAGCCGUUCCUCGACCAAAACGCCAUGAUGAUCUCACCGCCUCAGCAGUCUGGAGCGAUGCAUCGGGUCGGUUUUUGUCGGAUGACGUCAUGAGAGUUGUGCCGUCACUUUUCACAAAACAUCAUUCUGAAUGAUGCCGAGGAAGCUGCUACUUUCUGAUCCAUUCAAAAAAAAAUUAAAGCAAAACACGCGAAAUGACGUCAUUAUUGUUCAGAGAUAUCAUUGAAUGACGACAUUUAAAAAAAUUCAAAAGUGGAAAAAGGGUCCGAUGACGUCAUUUUCCAGAUAAUUUUUCUCCAGUGACGUCACUCUCUCAGAUAAUCUUAUAAAUUUCCUUCACUGACCAUUUCUCCAGAUUCAAAUUCAUUAGAGUAAUUCUCGAUGACGUCAUAACUUUUUUCAGAUAAAAUCCGAACCCAACACGAGUUACCCGUCGCCAUCUCACAUGCAACAGCAAGGUUACCAAAUUCAUCAAAUGAUGCCGCCCCAACAACAAAAUGGCGACGUCACCUACGCCCAGCAGGCGCAGUCCCCAGAACCCAGAAACACCAAGGAGGAACUCUUGAGGAUGCUGGUGAGUUUUGAGAGGCCACUUGACUUGAGUGUUUUUGAUCUCAAAUCGAUAAUUAAAUAUUGAUAUGGAAGAGGGUGUAGUAGAGGUUGCUUAGAAGGACUUCUUUAGAUGUGACUUAAGGAGUAACAGUUCCAAUUGUUAGCCUUAUCCGGUAAGAGGUCACUCAAGGGGAUUGAGGCGUUUAUCAUGCAUUGACGUUAGGCGAAUGGGUUGCUUUGAGUGCUUUUCCAAAGUUUCAAAGGCCACUUGAGGACUAUCGAUCCUAAAAAUCUAGUGUAACCGAGUUUGACGUAAAGUGGAGCCUCUGUGAAACUUUCGAUCUGUUUCCAAUUUUUUGAGCCAAUAUAAUUAGUUGUGAAGCCUUGGAUGACGGUAAUCCGUCCAUGUUUAGGCCAACAUGUCACCCGACGAAGUCGAGCAGCUGAAAGGCCGCAAAUCCCAACAAUCCCAGCCUCAACAGCCACCGCCGCAAGCAAUGAUGCAGCAGCAAGUGCCUCCACCGCCAUUGGCCAUGGAGACGACCCCACCGCCGCCUCCGACUUCAUCCUACACGCCGCGGUCGACGAGAGUCCAACCGCAGACUUGGAUCGACGACGAGGAGGACACCGACGACGGUGACACCAUGAGUUCGGCUCCAGAAAGAACCUCUCGACGUAGGAAAUCUGACCUUGAAUGUUGAUCAUUUCCUGUUUUAGCGCCUAAGACCGAACGAAGGACUGCACAUAAUCUGAUUGAGAAGAAGUAUCGCUGUUCUAUAAAUGACCGGAUUCAGCAUCUCAAGUCGCUGCUGGCUGGCGAUGACGCGAAGGUUGGUUUAGUGGCUUGAGGGAUAGGAAGGUCCCAGGUUCAAUCCUCAGUUAGAUCAACUUGAUUAGGAAGUUAUGCGUGUUUUUUUUGUGGAUCGGUGACGUCAUUUUAAAUUCGCAAUCUGGUGUCAUAUUUUUUUCAUUAUGAAGAGCAAAUGACGUCUCUUAGUUCAAAAAUUCGAUUCAAAAAAAAAAUACCAAUCAUGAUCCAUACCAUUAUUCGAUCGAGAAGACUAACUCAGAUCAUUUUUCAGCUGUCCAAGUCAGCGACGCUCCGCAAAGCCAUCGAGCACAUCGAAUCCAUAGAAGCGGAGAAUAAUGCUCUGAAGGCGGACAACGACCGCCUCCGGCAGAUUCUGCUCAACAACGGCUUCGAGGUACCCCGACGUCAUCAGUUCUUCAGCCGAUGACGUCAUCCGAAAAUUCAGUGUCCUCCUUCGGUUGGAUCCGAUUCGUCGCGAGUCGAAAUGCAGCAAGUGUCGCCGUCGCAACUCCCUUCGCAACUGCCUCAGCCGCCGCCACCCGCGGCGAAUGUUGGUUCGACCGGUUGCCUGUCCAACUGUAGGCUACCGUAUAAGCCGAUGCAGCCCUUGCAUUGUUUCGAGAAUCUCUCGUUUUGAUUGGAUCUCUGAGGAUUCUGACCUCUAUUGAUCGAUUCUCACCCAUAUUAAUCAGUUUAUCAAGAUUUUUGCAACAUUAUCCAUCGACUUUUGGCCCCCUAAAAAGCCCCCGUAUUUCUUUCGACCAUCCCCAAACGGCGUUCAGGUCAAGCGGGGCACAAAACGCGCCCGCGCCAAUACCAACGUCGCCGCCGCCGCGACUCCUGAAGCCGUGGCGACGCCGUCGUCGCCGGACGGAUCUCAGGCGCGCGUCACCAUUUUCGCCUUCAUGCUCGCCGUCCUCGUCUUCAACCCCUUAAGGUCUCACUUGUUAUGUAAAUUUUGUGAUUUUCUUGUUGGUCAUAUCUUUUUGGCCUCAGUGAGGUUUGAGAAAAUGUGCUCAACGUCAUUUUUUGAAAAUGUUUAGUGACGUAAUUUCUUGAAAAGUUUUUGCCUCUGUGAGGCGUGGUUAUGUAAAAGCUCAGGGUUGAUGGCGUUUAUUAUUAUUUUCUUUCUUUUAAGAAGUUUAUUAUUCAUUUCUUUUUCUAGCGACGUUAGGUUGUGGUUUUGACGUCAUUUUUCGAGAAAAAGUGCCUCCGUGAGGCUUGAAAACGAAGUUCUAUUAAGUAUGCAUGUAUGAAGAACUUUCAAAGGAAAAAUUAAAAGAGACUUGGUUUAAUUUAUUCAAAAAAUAAACGUCCUACUUUUUCUAGUAUUUCUCAACUUUCUUAAAACGCGGCGGCUUUCCGGUGACGUUAUUCCCUUAAUCAAAAUGUACAAAGUUUCACAAACUCAUGUAAAUAAUUCAAAAACUAACACGCAAAUUAUUAUAUAUUUGGUCUCUAUAAAUAUAAGCAAUACAUAGCGUGUACAUACUGUUUUUAUACAGAGUAUUUAUCACUUUCUUUCCUUUUUUGACCUUGUAAAUAUUUUUUUCUCAUCUACAAGUCUUUUCUCCCCCACUUUUGCCUCGUGUCAUAAGCCUUGAUUUCUUCAUCUCACUCGAAAAUAAUCAUUUGUAAAUAUUUCCUGUUGAUCUUUCUCCCUAUUGUACAAAUUUUCAGUUCACUCCCGUUUCAUUAAUCAAUAAAGAUUGAUUGCACAGAAUACGAAAAAAGGAAAAAAUGCAUGGAUACAAUAAGUAAAGCCCUUGGGAACACAAGUUAGUUUCAGAGUUAAAAAAAAACAAAUCCAAGGAUUAAAAUAAAAGAACGAGAAAGAGUCAAGUUUGAGAAGAGAAAAUUCAACAUUUACAAAAAAAAAUGAAAGUUUAAAACAGUGUUGCAUUAAGAAAAGCGGAGCAAAAUCAUCAAAAGAUUAAAUUUGAGAAAUAACACAAGUGAAAUAUUGAGUUUAAGGUACCUGAAAAGUAAUGAACGUAAUAAACUACAAAAUCAUCAAUUUGAUGAAUUUUAGGAACAGAGAAGUUGAAGAAAAUCCUUACCAAAAAAUAAAAUAAUACAGAAAAGAAUAAAAAUGUUUUUCUAGUCUAGAGUUUUCACGCAGAACUUGAAAUUUUCUUUUUUUUUUCGAAACGCUUAUAGAUCAUGUAAUAAAUAUUGGGUAAAAAGAUGGCAAAUUUUUUUUUUUCAAACCACUACAAAAUGAAGAAAAGCUGACUCGAAAAAAGGGAAUCAUUUAAAGUUGCAAGCCACAAAAAAACUAUAAUUCAAAAAGAAUAAAUGUAAAAAAAAGGUUCCAAAUUGGGAAUUUGUGUUCGCAGGGGCUUUAUUUGUUGUUGAAGUGCGAUUUGAGAUUUUAAAAAAACUAAAAAAAUAUCUUUUCAACUAUAAAACUGCACGGACAUUGAAACGGACGUUCUCCGGACGUUUCUGGGCGAUUCAAGGGGUCACUUAAGAGUGCUGAGGCUACUAAAGUGAUCACUAGAAAUGCUCCGACACGUCCGAUUCGCGUCCCGUUCGCGUUACUAAGGUCCGAGUGGGUACUUGUGCUCCAUUUCUUGAAAAAAUUCAUUUAUCCUAAUAAAUUUCGUUUCUUUUCCAAGUCUGCCUCAUUGUUUCCAAUUUUCUGUUUUAAAAUUUGAUUUCCCGUAGAUUUUUCCUAUCGAAAUGUUUUUUUUUUCAGUUUUCUGGUGCAAGGCUCUCACGUGGCAGCGAUACGCGAUCACCAAGCGUCACCUUUCGAUCACGGCAGGAUUCUUGAUGUUUAUUUUUAAUUUUCAUAUUUAUAUUUAGAAAAAACUAGAAAAAAAACCGGUCUCAGCUAAAAAAAAAGAAACUUUUUUUACAGUAUCAAAUGCUUUUUUCUUCAUUUUGAGAUACAGUACCGCUCAAAAGUCUAUUAAGUUUUGGUUUUUUGGGGAUAUCUCAGCGAGUACUUAUCCGAUUUAUAUAUAACUUUCAGGGAUAAUGUAAAAUAUACUUUUAAACGUAUACGGUAUACAAAGACAUGUCCGCAAUGACUGUGACGCGUUUUUAGGCAUUUUUUUAUUGAAUUCCAUUUUUGUUUUUUUAUGCUUUUAUUUUUUUAUUUAUUUUUUUAUUAAAUUUUUUUAAAAUUAAUAAUGUUGCCAUAUGAUUUUUUUCAUGUUUUCAGACAUGGGAAGAAUCUCUGGAAAAAAGAAUUUGACUGAUAACGACAAAAGAGCCAGAACACGUAUGUCUCUCUCAGAAAACUAUGAAAAAAAAUUUGAAUCGAUAUCGCACUUCAAAAAAAAUUUAUCCCCAAAAAACCAAAACUUAAUAGACUUUUGAGCGGUACUGUAUGUGGGAAAAUUUAAAAAACGCAUCAAAAAUUUAAAAAUUCCUCUCUGAAGUAGAGUGAUUCGAUUCAUGGCGAUAGGAUUUUUAAAAAAGCCAUUCUUCAGGAUUCCCCAGCCCUAUCCCAAUCCGAAGAUCAAUGGUGGCAUCACAACGUCAUCCGGCCGCUAUUCGUCUGGUCUAUCAACUUUUUCGUCGUGUUCUGUGUCCUGGCACGGCUCCUCGUCUGGGGAGAACCUGUUCAGGUUAGAAUUUUGUAAUCGACUUGCCAUGGCUUUCGUUGAGGAUAUAAUUGAACGUUAUCAGUUUCCAGGACUUCAAAUCGGGUUCCUGGUCUUCGUUUGGUUCUACACGAGAAAAAGCGCGUCAAGAGGCUGAAGAUGGCAAUUUGAGAGAGGCUCAGCGGCAGUUUUGCGAGUGCCUCGUGGUCAGAUCAAGCUUGAUUUUAACGGAAUAUAUAGUCCAUUCUCUUCUGUGUUAGGACAAAAAAAAAUGUCUAAACCUCAUUUAUCCACACGCUAUUCUUUCACGUCUUGAGAAACUUUCUUUCGUGGCUCAAGCUAAAGGUGAAUUUAGUAUAAAGCUUAAAAAAAGCCGAAAGAGUACUUUUUGUCGAAUUUCAAAAUUAUUUAAUCUUGGAAACAUCCUGUGAUUCCACUUUCAUAUUAUUAGUUUUGAAAUAUUAGUUUGGUCUGCCAUAGUGCAAUAGGUUGUGUGCCUGUCUACUGUCCACAGGGUCACGAGUUCGAUCCCCCCCCGCGAUCCAACCAAGAGGUUUGAGAAAUUUAGGUAGCCCCGACUGUACUUGUGAAUUGGAAAAAUUUUUUCUCAGCUACUUUUCGAUCAUUUUCCCUAGUUUCAGUUUAACUUUGAGUCAAUUUCGUUUCACCCACUCUCUCAAUUCUAGAUCCUGGAUCGACCCCUCCCAUCAGCCGGCGUCGACGCUUUCCUCUCCGUCGUCUGGCAACUCAUCCGACACCUUCUCAAUUGGCUUUGGAUUGGCCGAUGGCUGGCGAGAAGACGUCGCUCCACCACGACUACUGUUUCGGCUGUCUGCAGAAGUCAUGCCCACACGGCUGUUCUCUACCAUGAUAUUCAUCAGGUGAAAAGGCUCUUCAAAAAUAAAUAUUUUUCCUUGUUAUUUUUUCUUCAUGACUUCUGUUUGAAUCAUAUACAUGAUUGUUCGAUUUUUUUUUUCGUUUUGAAACCCCUCGAAGCGUCGCGGUUGCUUCAACAUCACUUCUGAGAAAAUUUAAGAAAUUUUGGGGUCACCCAUAAGUGUUAAGCCAUUCCAAGUGCGACCUUGAGCUGUGCGGUGAAUUCAAUAACUGAAACUUGAUCUUCAGCUCCACCUCAUGGGGAUCGACAAUGACAACGGGGAGCCGACAAGUGGGCUUUACCUGGCUCUGUCCGCGGUGAAUCUUGCCGAAUCGGCUGGAGCUUCGGCUGACGGCCUUCCCAGGGCUGUCAUGGCUCAGAUUUACAUCGCUGCCGCUUUGAGGUGCCCUUUUAGGGAUAUUUUAAGAUUUUUGCUGGGUAAAUGAUGUUUGAUAUUUCAUCUUCAAUGUCCUCAAGGAUCUUUUAAAAUAUAUUUUUCUCAAGGACCAUAGUCAAGUUUUGCAUCAAAAAUCAUGUUGAUGUGCUGUCGUUUCCUCAAAAAAUUGAACUUGUUGGAUAUUUUUAUUAAGGCAAUUUAAUGAAAACACCUGAAACUGCGGUUUUUCAGGUGCCGAAUCUCCUUGCCGCCCUUCAUCGCUUCGGUAACAUCCGGCUACUUUUUCCGUAGAGCUCGACGGCAUGUCAGAAGGGCGCCGGAGCAUAGUGUAAUUAGGAGAAACUCUCAAGUGACCACUUGAAAAUGAUUCAGGUCUCACAUCUCUUAUGGCUUUUCCACCCUGCAGCCAGGAAGUACAUGGCCAAUGCUCAACGGCUUCGAGAAGUCCUUUCCACAAGGCAGAACAUGAAGCUUGAACCCUUUGUCGACGAGGAUCCUGGUUCACCCUUCUGAAGUUCUCAGUUUCUCAUGAAAACCCUUAGGAAUGCCUCUGAGUCGACUCCGAGGUGCCUUGAAAGUUCACUUGUUGGCUCAGCUCGUCAAUGAGCUGGCUGGAGGGGAAGACGUCGACGUUCGUCCGUCUUCUGAAGUGGCCACGUCGACAGCGACCUCGACAGAUGACGUCGACGUCGUGGAUAUCUCACGGCUUCUCGUCUCUAUGUGCACUCAAACGUCGGUGCCGAGCAAUGGCAAGGAUGAGGCAGCGAGUAAGGGAUAUAGGAAAUACUUGAAAUUUGGCUAGAAGGCUCUAAGAUUCCGAAGGGUCUUUAGGUUCUGGAGGCCUUAGCCAGCUAAACUUGAACAAAAAAAAAAUGAGGAAGUACCGUUGUGAAUUUGAAAAUUUCGAAGCUAUGAGUAGGCUUCAGAAAAUUUCGAAGUUCAAGUUAAAAUUACCUUCCAAGAUUCCAGAGUUCGGAUCCUGGCUGCCGAGAUCAGGAGAUGCCCCUUGUACCUGGUGGGCUCACGUCCUUACCUGUGCUGUAUAUUGGCGGACUGGCAAGACUGAAGCCGCCAGGAAGCACUAUUCUCUUAUCCGGAACUGUCCUCAAGCCUUACUUCAAGAGUAAAAAAUAUAUUGAGAUUUGAAAUUGGAAAGUUUUCAGUCGGUUGGCCUUGUCUGUUGGACACGCCCUCUGCGCGAGGAAGCUCUGCGUAGAUGACCGGGAUUCUUCCUUGUUUGGGAAAUAUGUCUGCAUCCAUUCCAGAAAAUCCUUGGAGACUUUGAGGCUAUUUUCGGCUCCCAAUUCACCGCCGAUUGUCAGGGUUGUACAGGUAAAAAGAUGGUUAUAAAAAGCUGAAAAGUCCAUUUUACCGAAGUUUGAAACUUAAAGCGUAAGAUAUCACCCUGAACAUUUCUGAUAUAGUCCAAACGAUUUUUUUGCCUAAUAGAACUUUAUAAGCGCUCUAAUUUUCUCUUUUGCUAUUUGAGCCGUUUUUCUAGCUUCAGAAACGCUUCAGCCAUUCAAAAAAUAACCACAACUCCUUUUUCAGGAUGGCGUGCGUCGGAUGGCCUACGAAUGGGUGAUGAGCUGUCUUCUGGACGCCUGGCGGGCUUCCCUCGACGCCGCCCAACCUUAUUGGACCCAGAAGUUCGACCUGCAGCCGACAUUCAGCACCUUGUACCAGGAGUCCUGCAACCAUUACACAAUUAUCCAUGGAAGAUGCGGUGGUAGUCGGGUAAAGCACGAGAAGCUCUGAAAAGCUCCACUGAUCACUUCUCAGCUCCUCGUCUACGAGCUGACGUCACGGAUGCUCAACGGCGCCAACCCGCAGACGACAUGGAUCGGAGUGCGACGCGUACGCGCGGCGCGUCUAGCCGCUGUCCGUGGACGCGUUUCGAUGCGUCGGGCCGCCCAGCCGGACGCUUUCCACCUACAUACCUUGUGCAAAUUGCAUGCUUCUAUGGACUUGACGUGA